AUGCACAAUAUCAAACAUCACGGCCUAUAUCGCCUCCUUUUCGAAAUAAAUAUGUAAGAUCUCCUCCAAUUCGCGCAAACUCUACACCACCUGUAAAUUAUCAUUUACAAAAAAUAUAGAAGAAUUUGAAUAUAAUAAUUUAAUACUAAAUAUGAACACUAUUAAUUUGAAUGAUAAGUAUCAAGAGGAUAUUAUGUCAAAAAGAUAUUAUUAUCAACAAAAUAAUUCUUUUUCUUCUCAAAAUUUGAAUGAAUAUGAAAGAGCAAGAACUGGAAUUAUGCCAUCAGGGCCUAGCAUAUUUGAUACCGAGAAGAGUAGAGCAAAUACUCCUCUGCCAAUUGGCUCGAGAAUAAUGCCAUGGGAUAAUAGAGAUAAUGUAUAUUUAGAUUAUCGAAAUACUUCUUCAGAUAUAAUCGAUUUUUCAUCAAAGCAAUCAAUAUCUAGUAAGACGAAUAUAGCAAUGGGCGAUGAAAUGGCUCCCAUCAAUUUUGUACAUCAUCCUCAGCAACACGCAGCAACUCCCUGGCUAACUAUGAAUGAAUUUACUCAUCAUCAAAGUAGAGUUAGUAGUCCUUCUAUCACGUCAGGUAAUGAUUUCAGACCACCUGCUUUCACGCCUAAUUUACUUAGCACAGCAAAUACAAUGAGUCCUGAAAGUUUGCACACUCCUAUAAAUAAUGAUAAACUAUUACUUCAACAACUUCAGUCACGACAAUGCCAAAUUCUAUUACAACAAGAACAAAUUUUAUUGUUACGUGAACAAAUGAUGCGCCAACAGCAACAACAGCAACAGCACAACAGCAGCAGCAGAGACGAAAGCAGCACAGACAAAAGCAGCAACACAUAGUAACAACUAUGUCUAAUAAUAAUAUUGAGCAAAUACAUGUCAAUUCUGCUUCUACGGGGCUUUUCCCUAAUGGGUCCAAUAAUACUAUGACAACUCCUAUACCUACUAUCACUACACCCACAAGCCCUGUUCAUAAUCGUGUUCCAUUAGUAUUUGCUUCUCAUGAGUCUCAUACUUCAUCUAAUGUGAUGCUUGAAACUAAUAUAACACCUAUUGUUCGAAGCGCUCUACUUGAAGAAUUUCGAAAUAAUAAAUCAAGGAAAUUUGGAUUAAAGGUAAGAUCAUAUCAUAGUCAUAUAAAUAUGUAUAUAAAUCGCCCCCCUU